UCUCUCUCUCUCUCCACUGCCAUAUUCUCUUCUUCUCCCCUUCCGGCCUUCCCCAUCCCUUUUCCUCUCUCUGACUCGCUCUAUCCCAGUCUCUUUUUCUCUAUCUCUCUCUCUCUCUACGUUUUCCUCUAUCUCUCUGUGCGGGGGCUUUUGGUGUUCCGCGACGAUGGGAAAGCAAUGAGGAGACCAUGCCGUUCACGCCAUCAGACCACGCCUCCUGCGGCGACCUUUUGUGCAGGGAAGACGCUAGUGUACUCACCGGAGACUCGCCGGGCGGCGCCGUGGGUCUGGUCGAGUUCCCCGAUGAAUCGGAUGAAUCCAUCGCCGGGCUCAUAGCGGCGGAGACGGACUACUCGCCCGGGUUCGACUACCCGGACCGGUUCCGGUCCAAAUCGCUCGACUCGGUGGCGCGCCAGGAGGCCGUCGCCUGGAUCCUCAAGGUGCAUGUGUACUACGGUUUCCGUCCAUUGACGGCGUAUCUUGCCGUUAACUACUUGGAUCGCUUCCUCUCUUCUCACCGCUUACCGCAAAAUGAAUGGGCAUUGCAACUUCUGUCGGUGGCAUGCCUCUCCCUGGCUGCAAAAUUGGAGGAGACCCUGCUGCCAUCCUUAUUAGACUUGCAGGUUGAGGGUGCAAAGUUCAUUUUCGAACCUCGCACAAUUCUCAGAAUGGAGCUUCUCGUGCUCAAUGCAUUGAACUGGAGAUUGCGAUCUGUGACACCCUUCACUUUCAUUAAUUUCUUUGUUCACAAGAUCGACCCUGCAGGAAAGUAUGCAAGAUCUUUGGUUUCACGGGUCACCGAAAUUACAUUGGCAACAACGAAAGACAUAAAGUUCCUAAGUCACCGCCCAUCAUCACUUGCUGCAGCUUCCAUUAUUUGUGCGACCGAUGAGGUUAAGGAUCUAACAUUUGUUAAUCCUGGUAUUGCAGCAUCGUGGUGCACCGGAUUAAUAGAGGAAGGGAUUGCCGAUUGCUAUCAAUCACUCAAGCAAGUAAUUGUCGAUAUAACGAGGAGAGAGCCUCCAAUGAUUCUUCCGCAACUCAGAGUUGCCACCCCAAUGAACAUGGGGCCAAGUGUAUCAUCCUCUUCUUCCCCACCCAAUAAAAGAAGGAAGCUGAACAAUAAUUGCUGAUGGGUGGAUAAUGACAAGGAGAGUUUACAGGAAACCUGAUAAGUUUUUUUUUUUUUUUUUCCUAUUCUAGGAAGUGGGCUUCGUAAAAUCAGCUGCAUAUUUCUACAGUGCGUAGGCAAUUUCUUUUUUUUUUUUUGGAUUUGCAGAUUCCUCAUUAUUUUUCAGAGGAGUCUGGGGAUCUUAGUGAAGCAAUUAGGAUUCUGGUUUAUGAUUGUGUGUCUAACGAGGAAGUAAGCCGGGUGGAUGAUUAUUAUUUUUGGUUCUUUUUUUCUUGAAGUUCUUUCAUUUGUGGAUCUUUGCUAUCUUUAUAGGCUAUGAUAGCAAAGUGUAGCAGAUUCUCGAGGGAGGGGGAUCUGCCAUUAUUUUCUGGUGGUGAGAGUGGAGGGACAUGAUCUUGUUUGUGGAGGGUGUGGGGGCUGUAAGAAUCACAGUUAGCACUCAUUGCUGGAUGAAAGAGAUAUCAACUGAUUGGGUGUUUCUACAGCCGAGGGUGAGAAUGAGAUGGCAGUCAAAGAUGCGGGUAACCAGUACUACAUGUGAGCAAGGAUAGAUUCCAAAUGGCAGUUUGCUCCACAUCUGUUGUCGGUGGGGCCGAUGUCCUCCUCAGUCAGCCACAUCAGUAUGUAUUAUGGAGAUUGGUUUUCUUUGUUUGUGUGAUUGAUUGUUAAGGAUCUUUAAUGUAUUGUUUAGACAAUGCAUGUCAACCUGGAGAGGAUGUGUAUUCAUCUGGCUUCAGGCUGCACCCUCGAAUGAUGUCUUUUGAAGGUUGUGUUAUUCCAAAUCAAUAAAAGAAAAUUGAUACAUCUA